AUGAGUCUGAAACAAGCCUGCAUCUUUCUAAAAGGAGGGAAACGGAGGCAAAGAGCUCUUACUCACGAUGAGGUCGAAGAGUUGCGUGUGGCUUUUGUGGAGUUUGACAAAGACAAAGAUGGCUUCAUCUCUUGUAAAGAUUUGGGCAACCUGAUGAGGACAAUGGGUUACAUGCCAACUGAAAUGGAGCUGAUAGAACUUAGCCAAAACAUCAACAUGAACUUAGGAGGACGGGUGGAUUUUGAGGACUUUGUGCAACUGAUGACUCCUAAGCUCCUGGCUGAAACUGCAGGCAUGAUUGGGCUAAAAGAACUUAAAGAAGCUUUCAGAGAGUUUGAUAUCGACGGUGAUGGUUCUAUCACAUCCGAUGAGAUGAAGCACGCCAUCGUCAAAUUAUUAGGAGGACAAGCCAGUAAAAAAGAAAUUGAAGCACUUUUACUGGAAGCUGACAAAAAUGGAGAUGGGACUGUUGAUUUUGAGGAAUUUGUGAAAAUGAUGUCCAAGAAGUAA